AUGGAAACCAGGGCCGACAUGACAGAUUCGGGACGGGGGAAGAAAUCCUGCCAGCAGGGGCGGCUGCCCCUUCAGUUGGAAGUGGCGUGGGCUGCGGCUUGCUACGCUGCGCUGUUGACUCUAUGCGCGCUGUGUUACAGCAACUCUCUCCAAGGGGAGUUCGUGCACGACGACGUGUGGGCUAUCGUUAAUAACCCGGAUGUCCGACCGGGCUCCAGCCUGCGGAACAUCUUCAGCAACGAUUUCUGGGGAAAGAGAAUGGCGGACAACACCAGCCACAAAUCGUACCGACCUUUGUGCAUCCUCACCUUCAAGUUGAACAUCCUGCUGGGUGGCAUGACGCCUCUGUAUUUCCAUAUCAUCAACAUGUGUUUGCACUGCGCUGUUACCUGCCUGCUCAUGUACACAUGUCAAUGUUGCGUGUUUGAGAACCCACGCCUGGCCUUCAUCACUGCACUCCUUUUUGCUGUGCACCCUGUUCACACCGAGGCAGUGUCAGGCAUUGUGGGCAGAGCUGAUGUCUUGGCUUGUUUGCUGUUCCUGCUGACGUUCUACUUCUAUAGAAGGAGUGUUGAUGAAUGGGUCUCUGAGGACUCGUUCCCUUCCACAGUGUCUCCAGGGUCUCUGCUCAUCAGCUUGUUUCUGGGGACCUGUGCCAUGCUGGUCAAGGAAACUGGAAUCACUGUGUUUGCCGUGUGUCUGCUCUAUGAUGCUCUGGUGCUCUGCCGCAACCCUCUCACAAAUCUUUUGCUGAGCUCCAGACUCAGGGACUUCCCCCACUUCUGCACUCCCUUCAUUAAACGAGCUUGCCUUAUCUCUGGCUAUGUGGUGAUAAUCAUGUCAGUCAGGCUGUGGCUCAUGGGGGGAUCCAUGCCUCUUUUUUCAGAACAGGACAACCCCGCCUCUUUUUCACACCACCUGCUUACCAGGUUUUUAACCUACUCAUACCUGCUGUCUUUUAAUGCCUGGCUGUUGCUGGCCCCCAUUGUGCUGUGCUAUGACUGGCAGGUGGGCAGCAUUCCCCUUGUGGAGUCUCUCGGUGACGUGCGCAACAUGGCCACCAUGCUGCUGGCUGUGGUGAUGAUUGCUCUCUGCUUGCACUGCCUCUUUUCACUGCUGAGGCAGGAGAAUAGGGAAGUGUUAGUGGGGAUGUUGUUCCUUGUGUUUCCCUUCAUCCCUGCCAGUAACCUUUUCUUCAGAGUGGGAUUUGUUGUGGCUGAGAGAGUUCUCUACAUGCCCAGUAUGGGUUAUUGUAUCCUGGUGUCUCAUGGUCUGGGCCGGCUCUGUUCAGUGGCGGGCCGUUGGGGCACCACACUCCUUAGUGUCUGCAUGCUGCUACUGAUCCUACUCUUCUCCUGGAAAACUGUCCAACAGAAUACCGUCUGGCUCUCCAGGGAAGCCCUCUUUCGCUCCGGCAUCAAGACUCUGCCUCACAAUGCCAAGGUCCAUUACAACUAUGCCAACUUUCUGAAAGACAGAGCUAGGCACCAAGAGGCUAUUUAUCAUUACAACAAUGCCCUGAGGUUAUAUCCCCGUCAUGCCAGCGCCAUGAACAAUCUAGGAACUCUGACUCGCAGCCCAGAUGAGGCAGAGCGUUACUACAAAAAAGCCCUGGACACCAACCCUCAACAUAACCGGGCUCUGUUUAACCUGGGAAACCUUCUGAAGUCCCAAGGAAAGGAGGAAGAGGCUGAGACACUGUUGACAAACUCCAUCCGCUAUGGUCCACAUUUCGCUGAUGCUUACUCCAGUUUGGCAUCUCUCUAUGCUGAGCAGAAACGGUUUGCUGAGGCAAAUGAAAUGUAUUUAAAGGGCAUUGAAAACUGCCCAGACAGCCCCGACCUACAUAAUAACUAUGGUGUUUUCUUGGUAGACACAGGAGAAGGGCAGCUAGCUGCUGCUCACUAUCAGGAAGCAAUACGACUUAUGCCAGCACACUAUGUUGCUAUGGUGAACCUGGGCCGUCUUCUACGAUCAUCCAACAAGAAUAAGGAAGCUGAGAUUUGGUACAAGAGGGCUCUGCAGGUAACCAGGAAAGUGGACAUCCUGACUCCCCUCGGAGCACUAUACUACAACACGGGCCGCUACGAGGAAGCCUUGCAGGUGUACAAAGAGGCUGCUAACUUGCAGUCAGACAGCACUGAUAUCUGGCUGGCUUUGGCUCAGGUCCUGGCCAUGGCUGGGCAGAACUCAGAGGCCAAGAAGAUGACCCUGGACAUAAUCUCCAGAGAGGCCACCUGUAUCGAAUGUUAUCGCCUGCUGUCUGCCAUCUACAGUAAGCGUGGCAACAACACGGAGGCUCUGGUGGCUCUGAACAUGGCCCUGCAGCAGAACCCCAGUGAUCUAAAAGUGAGAGCAGAGCUACAUUUCUCCAAAGGAAACCAGCUGAGAGAGAUGAACCAGCUGGAUGAAGCCUUUGAGAAUUACAAGAUAGCUGUUGAACUGAAACCUGACCAGUCACAGGCCUGGAUGAACAUGGGAGGAAUUCAGCACAUCAAGGGAGACUAUGCAGCUGCCAGAGUGUACUAUGAGCGGGCCCUGCAUCUGAAUCCUGGUUCCAAACUUCUGAAGGAAAAUCUGGCAAAGCUGGAUCGGCUGGAGAAGAAAUUGACUGGGGGAGGAUAACAUGGCAAACAUCUCCAAUAAUGCUAAUGCACAGAGGUCAGCGGAGCAGGAUGCUGUUCGCCCUGGGAGAGGACAUCUGCCAGGUUGCUGUAUCUGUCCAGAUUGUUCACAAACAGAGCAGGACAGAAGGUUUGCUGAUGAAGCUGAUGUGUGCCUCAGAACAAAAUGACUAACAGAAGACCACUGGAAUCUCUGUGACAUCAGCUUGGUUUAUCGUGCACAUUUUUGAUCUGAUUUAUAUUGUCUCUUAUUUUCAUGCAGAGCUGUUUUCUAAAUGAACAUAAUCAGUAAUUGUAACGCAGGCCUUUGCUUUUAGGCAUCAUUCCCAUAUUUAUAUUAGUGCAGUGAAAGAAUUAGAAUGUGUUUCUAUCAUGUCUGAGAGUUUCUUCUCUAAAGCUCCUCAAGAGUCCUGAAAUAAUUAAUGUUGAUGAAGAUUCACGUGCAAGGGAAUUCUGCUGAUGUCAAUGAUGGUCAGCACAGACACAUUCAAUAUUAUAUUACACUAUUACAUUUCUUUAAACUAGUAGCUGAAACUUUUAACACUGAAUGAAUAAAUGUUUUCCUUGUGCUCCUUCUACUCCAAAAAACACAACACAACCUAACCAGAUGAGUGCAGUUCUCUGUGCUGGUAAUGCCAAUUUCAUUUUGUCCUGAAGUUGUGGAUCAAUGACCCUUUAGAGUAGAAAUGGGUUUUGAAUGACUAUGUAGACAAUGAAGUGAAAUAAGAUGUCAGUUCAUCCAUCUGCUGUUUUUGUAUGACACAUGAAGCAGGCCUUUAUGUCAUUAUGCUCUAUAAUUGGUUCUGCUUCUGCAUUUAUUUAAACUGCGCCUGUCUUCAUGAUAUGAUUACGAUCUGUGAUACACAUUUAAGGGUUUUGGUCUACAAUAUAAUUAUCUGUCCUGGAUGGACUUUAACACGGCAGAAAUUGUACAGAUGAAAUAUCAGGAACAGUCGGGAUGACUAAACUAUAGUAGGUUUAAGAUUUUUGAUAUGUUGUCCACGCCUCUUCCAAAGAGCAUCUUUCCCAUGAGACAGUCGGUAAUGUUUGUUGGUUUGUGCCUGUAUAUGUACUCCUGUUGUUGAAGAAAUCUUUCAUAUGCAAUGGUCAGUUCCAGAAAGCUACUAAGUGGCUCUUCAGGUUUAUUUUCAUGUCACAAAAGAGAAGAGAGGAAAUGUUAUGCAUUGCAACUCUCCACUGCUAAGUAUCAUUGAGGGGUUUUCACAUGACAUUGCGGUCACGUGUUUACCUUGGGAUCGCCAUCUUGGGUGACAGCUCCAGCCUGUUGUCUUUAUUUUAGGGUGAUCAGUGAAGCAAAACUCCUGAUCAUUCUUCCAUAACUAUAGUGAAAACUUGUGGGUUGUGCUGCGCACGGUGGUCAAGACCUACGUUCAUUCUACCGUCUGCCAGCUGUGAUAGAAAAUCAGUGUGAGAAAACAAAAACACUGAGUACACAACGUCGACUACUGUGGAUCAAUCUGAUAUCCAGGGUGGAUUUGGACGUCUUGAGUCUCACUCACGUCCGAGUUUGCAGUGCACAUUUUGUGAUAGGUAAAUAAAUAAUGCACGCCUACAUUUAUUGUAAUAAUAUUCGGGGUGCGACAUACUGUUUCGUCUAGUUUGGGUUUUGUAGUCAUGUUUGUUUAUUUCCUUUUAUCCCUGAUAACUUUGCUCUCUCUAUUGCCUCCUAGUGUGUUUUCUUUCCACUCGUUCUUAGUUUCUUAGUGGUUGGUUUCUUAUUACUUUGUGUGGUGGUAUUAUUAUUAUUAUUAUUAUAGUCCUUUGUCUUCCCUGGAUUCUCUUGUUUAGUUUCUCAUUUACUAUCUCGGUGUUUUAUUAUGUUAGGUAUAUGUUCUCUUCUCUAGUUUAGUUCCUCGGUUUAGUUUCCAUAGUUCCAGCCUCCGUUAUAGGUUAGCUUUAGUUAUUGUUUACUUUUGGUUUUCACAUAUUCUAGUUCUCACGUUCUGUUUCCUUUCCAGUUUCUUCAGUCAGUGUUGGUUUAGUUUUGUUUACUUUUCUACUUAGGGUUUCUUUAUGGUUUCUUUGGUUAUGAUGUUCUUCUGUUCCCUCUAGUUUUUGUUUGACUUUAGUUAAUUAUUAUUUCUAGGUUCUUAUGUUCCUUUGGUUAUCCAUAUAUGUUCAUAGCUUCGCUUACUUCUGUUUUCCCUGAGUUUGUUUUAGUCCCUUUCUCAUAGUUUAGUUUUGUGGUCAAGUUUUCCUUUUCUUCUGCUUCCCUGCUCCUUUUUUGUGUAUUAGUAUUAAUUAUCUUUUGAUCCAGUCUUCCUUUGGUUUUUUCAUAGUCUAGUUUCUCUUAUGUUCCCUUUGCCUUCCAGUCUGAUCACCAUAGCAAUCAUUCAUAUUCCCUCAGUUCUCUGCAGCCUGAUCCACACCUGAUUCAUGUUUCCCUGAUUACCUGCCUCCCUGUCUCAUUGGUCCAUACUCCACUUCCCUCAGUUUAUAAGCUCUCUGGUUUUCAUUGUUCUUCGCUGGUUCCUCCCGUUCACUACCCUGCUGAUGUUCUGUUUGUGCUUUGCUCCUGCUCAUGCAAGUUUGGAUCGACUCAUGUCUACUUCUAUAGAGUUUAUGCUGCGUCUUUGCUUCGCCUUAGGACAGCCAAAAGAAUAAAGAUAAAGUCUUCCUUUAACAUGCUUGUGCCCAGCUCUUGUCUGCACUUUGGUCCGACACAAACCCAGAACCUGACAAUUCCGGAAAGUAGUCUGCCAAGACCGUGAGCAGCACUCAGCGCCGUGACCUACUUCAGUGAGCUGCGCUCUCACGCCUUGAUUUUCAAAACAAGGGGUUUUAAAAUAAUCUAUAUAUAAAUUCACGAAUGUUUAUAUCUUUGCUGUCAAAGCGCAAAUAAAAUAUUUAUUCACAUCGGCUCAUAUUUGGGUGUGUUGGUCGGGAUAGAAUCGGGCGUUUAUGGGCGUCGGUCCAGGUCUUGUCUGGCUGGAUUUUAUGAGCUUGAUCUAUACUCAACCCCCAGCUACAAUAGUACCAGUCCACACAUGCAAAAUUUUUUGUCAUGCAUAACAUGAUAAAAAUCGGGGACAUUUCCGGAGACCGUUUAACACAAGGACAGCUAGUCUAAAACGAGGACUAAAAUCAGACAUUAAGCACCGUUUGUUCACCGUAGUUCAAACAGACCAGUAAUAAUUGAAAUGUGUUUUACACGAUUAAAUGAACAAUAUAUAUAUAAACUGCGAGCAUUAUUUAAGCAAUAUUUCCUCAAUAAUAAUCAUAAAAAAGAAACAUAUAGCGAGCCCUGACAGUGUUUUAAAACUCACCUUUCCUUCAUUGUUUGAUGUGUGUGGCCAAUCGUCUGGAUUUGCGCUAAACAAACCAACAGGCAGUACAUAUGGAUCCACCUUGUUUACUGCAAUUUUCUUGAGGUAAAUGGCCUUAUCAGAAGGCUGUAACGACUCUAGAUACUUAUCCCUGGGCAAAAAAGUAUGCAAUGUUGUGAAGAGCUGUGAAGCGACACAGAGCCACCCAAGAUGUUGGACUGGACGUGUGGCGGGGACUUCAGUGACGUCGAUGAAAAGGGUCCAUUAGUACAACAAAGGCUAAAAAUGUAAAGCUCUCUCUUUUGAGGCUGAAAAAUUGCAAACCACUGAUACCACUGAUCUCCUCCCCAAGGUCCCAGAUCAUGUGAGGAACUUUGUUUUUCUAGUGUAGCUUGUGGCUUUUUGUUUUAAAGCCUCAGUAGUUUGCUCAGUAGUUUGUGUUUUUGUUGACAUUUAUUUUGACUGUGAUUGAAAGUUGAUGUGAUUGUGAGAUGUAAAGGAAGCGACCAGUGCAAGACUUAAUUGUUCCAAGAAAAUAAAGUAUAUCUUUAUUACAUGAUAUCUGGUGUGUUUCUACUUCAGUGUGUAAAAAAGUAGAAAUAAAUAUGGUAAUGCUUUA